CAAAGAGCAGCUAUGAAUCACAGAAAAGGAACAUCUAAGCUGAGUUUGCCUACUGGAUCAACAAUCAUGUUCUCAUCAAGAUCAAUAAUCAUGUUUCUUCUCUUUUUCUCAAGUCUCCUCACCCUCUCUUCUUGCCUUUCUCGUCAGUAUUAUUUUGUGAAUGUGAAUAAAAACUGGAGUGAGGCACAGGCGAUCUGCAGACAGAGCUACACUGACCUGGCCACUAUUGAGAAUGAUAAUGACCAAAGUAGUGUCAUUGCUGCUGCAAAUGGCAACUUUAAUUCUCAAAUCUGGAUCGGGCAGUAUGAGGAUCUGCAGAACAGCUGGAGAUGGUAUUUGGAUGAUGAUACUUUCUAUGGGGUGGGAGAGAGGAAUUACAGGAACUGGGACUCAAAUGCACCAGAUAAUAACGGAGGAAAAGAAAUGUGUACACAAAUGGUGACUAAUGGAUUUUGGAAUGAUGUGAAUUGUAACCUUCUAGCAAAAUUCAUUUGUUACAAUGGGUACACCAACAGUAAUAUUAUGAUCAGUCUGACUAUGAACGCCUCUGAUGCUCGUCAGUACUGCAGACAGUAUCACACAGACGUGGCCAGCAUCAGGAACGCAAUAGAGAAUCAACAGAUUCUUACCUUAACAGCAGGACAAGCAGUUUGGAUUGGCCUUUACAGAACUAGACUAUGGUCAGACCAGAGCAACUCCACUUAUGAGAACUGGCUAACUGGAGAACCAAAUAAUCUUGGAGGAACUGAACACUGCACCACCGUGUGGAUGUAUUUUUCUGGUCAAUGGAAUGAUUCUCCUUGUAAUUUUGCAUACCCCUUCAUCUGCUACAAAUUCACAGCCCCAACUUCCACCACUUCAACACCAUCCACACCUUUCACCACAGAAACACUGACCACCACGUCCACUACAGUAACACCAGCUAUAACCUACAUUACAGGUUAG